AUGUCGAUUAGUUUACCUUCAAGUCAGGCGUAUGAUAAUUUUAACGAUAAUUGGGAUACAUACUGUGGUGUCCCAGCAGUGAGCACCAUAAAGAACAGUCUAAGAACUACAUUGCAGGAGCAUCCAAAUACUCAAAGCUCUUUGAAUCAAAUUCUAGGAGCUUGGUAUUAUGUGAACAGAGGAAUGGGUAAACAGAAUCCAUCCUAUACAGAUCGAUGUGCCUUCUUUUAUUACUGGCUGGGGGAUAUGAUAUAUGGAAAAUUGAGCGUUGUUACAUCAUUCCAGGAAUUUAUGAAUAAAAUAUGGGGAAUAUUAGGAUCGUCCCCAUGGGACAAUAAGUGUACGCCUACAUAUAGCAACAUCAAAGGGCAUGACUUUAUACAGAGGAAACAAAUAUUCGACUACUAUUAUAAUUUUAAUAAUAUAUGCAAAAGUAUAGGGGACAGUAGUUCGGACUAUGGAAUGUAUUCCACUUCCUUAGGGAAAGUUCCUGAAGCCUAUGGACGCAUGAACAGUUACUGUGGGAGGGAACCUGAUAAGGAUCCAUAUUGUAAUGAAUUCCAGGAGAAAUACGAAAAAUACCUUAAGAGAAUAUUAUCAAAAGAAACGUGCAUUGAAAUAAAUAAACCUGGUUCUUCUGGACCAGGUUCUACCGGACAGCAGUCUCCCGGUUCUUCUGUACCCGGCAGUACUGGAACCUGGAAUCUAGGUUCUUCUGGCACCGGUUCUACUGGAACUUGCAGUCCAGGUCCAUGUCCAAACCAGGCCGGUUCAUCUCGUUCGUUUUCGGAUGCCGAUAUAGUGGAUGGUGUCUCUGGUGGAGAAGGAAAGGGAGGAAGUGACGAUGGUGGUAGUCACAGAAAAGAAGGGGAAGAAGAAGGUAGCAGCAACGUCACUUCCAUUGCAGUUCCUUCUGCAUUAGCUGCAGUAGGAUUACCUGCCUUAGCAUACUUUUUUUACAAGUAUAAAUCACACCUCUUCCUCUCUUCCUUCCUUAAGGGGAAUAACUCCUCUUCUGGAAGAAGCAGAAGGAAAAGUUCCCUUAGGAGAGAAUUUAAUGAGUUUGAGGAGGAGCACGACGACUACACGUCAACAUCGGAAUAUGAUUCAACUAAUUCGUCUGAAUAUUCAAUCUCGUAUACCUCAUCAUCAUCAUCCAGAUGA